CAGAACACGUGCAUGUGGUGCCUUUGGACGGUUGGUUCAGUACUUCCUUGUUUGCUGGGAAACAGUUAUGGCUUCCAGGAUAUCGUUUUCUCAGUACAGACUAGAGGCAGAAAUAGACAGAUGCAGAGCAGAAUGCCACUGGGAGAAAAUCCAAAAUCUUGUGAAGCAACUCUCUCCCAAAGUUUCCGAGAAUGAUGAUUUCGGGAAUCUGUUGCUGGCUGAAGCACUCCUGGAGCAGUGCCUGAAGGAGAACAUGGGCAAACUGAGAGCCUUCACUCCGCUGGAGGAAAGGAAUGAGCCCAAAAUGAUGGGCGCCAAAAAGCACCUGAGCACGAUCUUGAACCGAGGCAAACUGCAGCACAAUCUGAUGACCGAGGCCAUCCUGACCUUAGCCAAGCUGCACUUUGUAGAGGGCUCCUAUCGGGACGCACUCAGCAUGUACGCCAGAGCUGGAAUGGACGAUCUUUCGUUGGAGGAAGAGCCGCUUUAUAAGAAGAGACUUUUAGCCGAAGCCUGCGUUAUAAAAGGCUUGUCUCUCGAACGCCAGACUUCGUCUGUCACCUCGCGGGUUCGUCUGUUCGAGCGGGAGGCAGAGGUCCUCUCUUGCUAUGAGAAAGCUGGUGAUAUUGCCCUGGUCUAUCUGCAAGAGGUUGAGCGGCUCGUUAGCAAUACUCACUCUCGCGUUCUCAAGGGGCAAGUGGCUGUUCAGGAGAUGGAACUCACCUACUUUCUGGAAGCUGCAUUGCAGAGUGCGUUUGUGGCUUACUUCAAGAGAGGGAACAUUGUGAAGGGAAUGAACCGAAUACGAGGGACUCUCCGAGUGGUGGAGACGCGAGCUACACAGAACUUUAGAGUGACAAUAGCAAAGCAGCUGGUGGAGGUCCUUCUGCGCAGUCUGAGUGAGAAUAGUUACUGGUCUCCACUUUCAGACCCCCCGGCAGAUCUGCUUGGCAUCAUGGAUGAUGGACCUUUAUCAGGGAAGGGCUUAGCACUACCCAAAGGCCCACAGCUCUACCAAGGGGAGGGUCUCUUCUGCCCCCAGGACAUUGUGGAAGAGGCACUUCUGCUCCUUUCGAUCGCCGAGUCCAUGGCAAACCCAGAUGCCGUGAUCAGCCGCUCGCCGGAGCAAGGAGACGACCGUUCGAUCAGUUUCCAAAACACUUCGGCGUUGUACGAUCUCCUGAGCAUCACCAUGGCCAGGAGGGGCCAAUACGGGAUGCUCUCCGAGUGUCUGGAGAGAGCGAUGAAGUUUGCGUUCGAUGAAUUUCACCUGUGGCGCCAGUUGGCAUUGUCGCUGGUGGCUUGUGGAAAGUCGGUCUGGGCUGUCUCAGCGCUCCGAGAAUGUGCCAAGCUCCGCCCGGAUGAUCCAAGCAUAGCUCUUAUGGGUGCCAAGGUCUGCAUCACCUCUCUGCACUGGCUUGAAGAAGGAGAGAGAUUUUGCAGGAUGGUGACCGAUGUAGGGAAGGAAACCGACGAAUUUCUUGCCAAGGGCUUCCUGGGCUUGGGGCUGGUCUACAGUCUUCAGGCUUCAGAUGCUACACUGAAGAACGAUCGAGACACACUGAAUCAGAAAGCGAUACACACACUCAGACGAGCCCAGAGCCUGGAUGCUGAUGAUCACCAGAUAGCUCUGUACAUGUCUCUACAGCUGGCCCUCAACAGGCAGAUCUCUGAAUCAAUUGAGCAGUUGCAAGUGGCCCUUAAACUCCGGAAUGACGACAUGCAUUCUCUCCACCUCCUGGCCCUUCUCUUCUCUGCUCAAAAACACCACCAGCAUGCCUUAGAGGUCAUCAACAUGGCUAUCGCUCAGCACCCAGACAGCUUCAGUUUGCUGUUCACUAAAGUCAAGCUUGAAGCGGUGCACAAAGGACCAGCUGAAGCUCUUGACACCUGCCAGCACAUGUUAAACCUGUGGCAAACCAUUCACAUUUUACGCUCCAGUGAAUACGACAAGGAAAACGCUGUGGCAGAGGGAACACUGACUGAGAAACGCAGCACUAUUCAGGGCAGCGUGGCCGAGGGGAAUGUGACUGACCGGCUUGGCGCUGGAAUGCUCAGCCUGCCUGACUUUCUGGAUCCAGACUCGGGCUCACUGCGGGUGCCUUCGGCUUCUGCCUCCAGGAUGGAGUCUGCCAUGUCUGAGAUUUCUGCACAGAGCACUGCCGUGAGCCAGGCACCCAGACAGAUGUCCAUCACCCUGGAGCAGAUCUGGCUGCAGGCAGCCGAGCUCUUCAUUGAAUUGCGGAACUCCCCACAAGCCUCCCUCUGCAUCCAGGAAGCGGCCAGCCUCUACGCCAUGUCCCACGAUGUGCUGCUGAUGCGCGGACGAUUGGCUGAACUGAGGAACAACCCGGAGGAAGCCAAACAAUUUUACGAUCAGGCGCUAAACCUGAAUCCAACCAGCGCAAAGGUCCUGGAGCACCUGGGGCUGGUGCUGUACACGGUCGGCCGGAGUGACUUGGCGGAGAAAGUGCUGAGAGACGCCGUGAACAUUCAGCCCACGUCUCACCGGGCCUGGAACAGGCUGGGCCAGGUCCUGCAGGGCCAGGGGAAGAACGGGGAAGCCGUGGAGUGCUUCCUGACCGCCCUGGAGCUCGAAGCCACCAGUUCCGUCGUGCCGUUCACCGUCAUACCAAGAGAGCUGUGAAACCUCUUCACGAGUCGUAUUCGGCCGCAGAAGGGUUUACUGACUCAGGAGCAGUCGGGGAGUGGGGGGGGGUAGAAGGGACCAAACUGCAGGGUGUGGGUUGUGAUACGAUAAUUGUCACCAAUUACAGAAUUUGCAGUUCUUUUCAUAUCCAUUACUUAACGACAGGUUUCGGGCUGAAUGCAACCCCUCCAAGGGCGUCGAUCUCCGGUCGGCUCAGCAGAGCUAAUUGCCGUUAUUCUGUAAAGAGUGAGAGCGAUUUUCUCUUUCCUCACCUCCCGCCCGAGCUCAGUUUUACGAGCUGUCGGAUCCGAGACAUGUGGCCCCCGUUAAGACUGAAUUUCCAAGACGGCGUUGAAACUUUUCGCCGUUCUGCCC